AUCACCAGAAGGGCGCGUUGAGGUGGGCCAAUCCCGGCUGUUGAUUGGGCUGGGCGGCUCCGAUAUCGGUCUCUACCGCCAGAUAUACGUCUGCGUCAAACGCACCUUUUCAAGGCUCCAUUCCUCCAUCUUCCUUGAUUAUCACAUCUUUUCUUGAGAAUCACAUAACUAUUUCCUGCGUCGUUAAUGUUGCGCUACUUCGAGAUUCCGCCAGACAGAACUUCCUUCCAGCUAUGUUCAAGCACACGAAGCAGACUGAGCCUAUAAGAUACUCGCCUCGACUCGACUACCAUACCUCAUUUUCUCCUCAUAGCGGCCCGGGGGCCUACCCCAGUAUGGUAUUUGGACAUCUCCAUGGCCCUUUGGGGUGAGAAUAUGUGCAGUAUCUUGAACAGCUAAAAGUCAUGGUCGGGCCUGUCUCUUGUUCCCGGCUUGUCAACCAUCUCCAUUCACCACGUUCCUAGGACACCUCCGUUGAGGUGCCAGUCGAUGACUACGCCGCCACCAUUGAAUAACAACGUGGACACAGGACUCGCCUGAACUGUUCCGAAUCACACUUCCUCUCCCGUUAGAUUAUAGAGGACGGACCGUUCCAACCUACAGCAGAUGUUGGAGGAGAUACACGCUGACUACGCGCAGUUAGAUCAGUCAUGCCUAACAUUCGACUUAUCCACAGAGCGAUCGAGAAAAGACGGGCUUGCAGGCGUACCUGUUUCCAAACCCCCCUGUACACCCCUCCCCUUAGAAGAUAAGAUACCUCCCACCCUUCGAGCAACAAAUUGCAAGAUACAGUGACGACGCCGAAAUGGUCUGGAAUCCACACUAUACUCGAGAGGGCACUGGUUAGGAGCUUUGUUAGGGCUGUGGUUGAUGAUGAGGAGAAAGAAGCUGGCUGGCGUUUCUGCGUGGAGCAUGGCGCUAAAAUGCCUAGUGCCGCUGAUGAUGGGGUACCUAGAGGUCAACACGUUCUCGAUCAUUGUUCGGAUAAGCAGGCUGUGGAACGAUAUAGUAACUGCUUUGGUCCAAUUCGCGAAAUCGAGUGUUGCUUGCCACUUUGAUCGACUCAUUACUAAGUUUCCGCUCUGACACAGAGCUGCCUAUAGACAUGAGAGGAAAUCCUGCUUGACGGAGGAUUUUUAUUUUUAUUUUUAUUAUACUUAGACAACCCAUAUGUCUAAACUUGCCAGGAGAAAGAUUUCAGCAAAGCAAUUGCAGGGUCGCGCUAUAAGCUUGAAAUUUCGUGAAAACCAAGUUGGGCUUGCGUUGCCGCCAAAAAUGAAGGUGCAAAAAAAAAAGAAAAAAAAAAUCCAAACUGAUGGCGAGGCACAGUCCAAGUGCUCUGCUUUAUUCUCGACAGGAAAGGGCCGCCCCAGCCCAGCCAAGGUUCAUAUCAUGUCAUCUGAGGGAUGGAUGGAUAGGGAGAUUACAUAACGCCUGCAGGGUCGUCUAUCCCGAGAAACUAACCGAAAACGCUAGCACCGUGUUCCCGGUAAUGGGUUGCAGCAGUAGCAGCAAGCGCCUCAUGGCACUCGUGAGGGUGCAACCAUCGAAUGGCAAGGCCUCACUUCAAGAAUAAUUGAUGGGCUCAGGAUUCGGCCGAAAGCGAGGGAGCUAGGCUGACCAAUGACACAGCUACGAUGUACUUGGAUGAUGAGUUAACGACUGAAUACGGGGUACAGGCAUGGGGAGUCAAUCGGUCUGCUUCAAGGGGAAUUAUUAUUAUUAUUAUUAUUGGCCUCGAGCAGGAUUGUCUGCUUCCCAAGUUCACCAUCGCACCGGAGGCUGAAUCCUAUAUUUAUGCCAUGCUGUCUGAUCACGCAGGAGAGCUGUUGAGCAUGGCCACCCCUGUCUAUUACUUUCACGUGUAACCCGUCAGAGUGAGACUGAAAAUGUUGACCCGGGUUGACUGAAGAGUCUGAUUGGUAAUGAAAAGAUCUUGCUCUGGUCAAGAUACGUUCGUAUAUCGGGUUUCUAGCUUUUAUUUUUUAUUUUUUAUAUUUUUUCCCCCUUUUAUCGGCUAAUUUUCAGUGCUUUAUGUUCUCCCAAAAAGCUUGGUCUUUUUUGCCGAAGCGAUACUGUCCAUGUACGCACAGUACUGCACCCAACAAUAGGGAUACUGGCAGCUCUAACAAUCCAUAAGGUCUACAAUUACUUCACAUUGACACAUUCAUCACACAUUAUUGGGUGAGAUGGAACGCAAGAAAUGAUUUUUGAUUUUAUUCCGAAGAAUAGGGAGCAAAAAACCCCCAGCUCCGCGAGGACCCCGCGUGUUUUAGACAGUUCCCAUCUGGUUGGUCGGUUCCGCUCAAUUCGAGAAAUUUGAAGCCUGAGCAUCACAGGUAAUUUCUUUUUUUUCAAAUUUUUUUUUCAUAAUUUCUUUUUCACGGGGGCUUGUUGAAUCAUUGAUCGAUCAAUUAUUGGGGUUUCAGCUUUUACAAGGUAAACAUAAGCUUUUGGCUCUCUGCAUGAGAUCUGUCAUUCUCUCCUUCAAUUCUUUCUCGCUAGAUAUCUCUUCUUUCAACCCAGCUCCUCCCUCCGGUUCCUCAACUGAAGGAAGGAAAAAAAACGUCAACGCAUGACACGUUUCCUCUCGCGCUGCUUCCGGGAAAGUGGGUGGGCCGCAGAAAAAAAAAAAUUAGCAAAUUGGCUCUAGUAUUUAAUGCGUGUGGACACGUGUGAGAGGUCGCAGCUAAAGCCCGCUAACAGAUUAAGCGUCUCUUGGCGACGAUGCUCUCGCCACAUCUCCGCUCCGGGGUUGGAGGGGGGGCUUGAAGGAGGGUUGGGGAUAUGCUAAACCUCUUUUAGGGAGGUCCUUAGGGCUUGGCUUGGAGCACGCGAUGGGACCAAGGCCGGGAAUACCCAUGCGGGGGAAGAUGGGGACCGGAGAACCAGACACAACGAUGAUGAUGAUGCUGCUGGUGAUAGGUGACGAUGGUGGCUGAUGAUGACAGAAUUGGGCUCGCGUGCUUGGCCUCUUGCCCUCUUCAUUUCACGAAGAAGAGGUUUGUUCCGAGCUCCUGCUACCUAUGAACGGUUAGCAGUAAAAGCAACCGGACUGGGGAAUUUUCUGGAGAAUAACCAGACCAGGAUUAUUAUUAACCCAUGUGGAUUCGAGUUGCAGGAAUGUCUCUUCUGCGAAUGAGAUGAGCUCCGUGCGACGUUAGCCGCUCCUCUGAACGGUCUUGAAAUGGGGACUUGGUCCUCCACCUUGGUGAUUGAUUAACCAAUUACGGAUGACACAGAGAAAGGCUUCGAAUUUCCCUAUCCGGGGUACGCUGGGAAUCAUCUGGAAAUCUGACAGCCUUGACCACUACACUCCCGGGAGAAGAGGGGAGAGAGGGGCCCGGGGGGCCACCACCACACUGUUGCGUUGCUGUGAGUUACGGGUAGCAGGAGUAGGAAGAGUGAGAGUGAAAGUGAGAGGUGAGAGCAAGGGUACCGCCGGCAAGCCUGAGAGUACUCUGUACAUGCCCUGUAGAAAGGCGCCAAGUUGACCCCAGCAUAUCAAUACAUCCCCGCGCCAACAGCUAUCUCUCUCUCCGUGUCUCUGUAUCUCUCUUUCUUCGCAAUGUGCUUUGCUGACGGAGGCAAAGUCAAAAAAUACUCCGAGGCCCUCGGGGUAUAAACGACUGAGCGAGAACUGUCGAACUUCGACCACUAGAACCGCAUGGCACGCCUUCCCCCCCCGCCUCUCUCCUCUCCUCUCCUCUUGGGAUCUUGCUUGGGAAUGGAAUUCGAUCGCGAGCAAAACAACACACUAGAUCGCGAAGAACUGGCAGCACGCAACAAAUGGCCAAUCCCCGCUCGCGAGUCGUUAUACGAACACACUUUCCUCCUGUGACAGGUCAGACCGCAGUGCCACGGUCGUAAACGGACAAGCUCGGGGCUAGCAAUUCCCAUUAGUUAGGACUGGGGCCUUGCAAGCAUAUUGGUUAGCCCUAGGUUAGACUCAGGUUAGCCUCACGUUAGGGCGCCCACACUAGCGCGACCCACCGAACGCAGCACUAAGCACUGUAAGCAGUCGACCGGGGUGACGGCGGUGAUGGCGGUGAUGGCGGUGCUGGUGAAAAGUCCCGUUCCGCUGUGGUGCGGGGUCCAGCAGCGGGGAUGGGAUUCGCGCUGCUGCUGGGCUUGGCGCGAGUCGGCAUUGUAACCCUGGGGCUUGGCGCAGAAAAAACUUCCCCAAAACUUCAUCCGGGAGAUCGUUCUUUUUUUGCAAACCUCCGCCUCCACCACCACUGCCACCACCGCUGCCACCACCGCCGCUGGGUUAACGAACCAACAACGGUCGGCAAUCCAACCUAUUUUUUGUCCCUCGCCAAACAAGCUGCUGUCAACCGAUCCUGCCAGGCCGCACUACUAUAUAACCGUGGUCUAAUCCAUCCAUUCCAAGUCUCACGCCGCCUAAACCCAAACCCCCCCCCCCCUGCUCUUCUUCUCCCCCCCCCCCUCCCCUGUCCCGUCCUCUUCUUCCCUCCUCUCCCCGGUUCGCCCCUGUCCUUCAGCUCAUCCUUGGCCGUCUGAUUACCUUGCUGUGCUUUCUUCUUCCUCCUCUUUCCGGCUAUUUCCCUGUUCUUCCUCUCUUCCUCAUAAGCCUGGAGCUGCCCUGUUUUUCCCGUCCCUCUUCCUCCUCCUCCAUGCAAGCAAGGAAUCUUUCGCUCUCCGUCCUACUGCAUCGAUCCUAAUAGCUCGUGGUCCGGCACGUUUGUUUUUGUGAUCGCCCAUCAUGAGUGUCUUCAAAAAGGUUCUCAAUAUCCUCGCCCCCGACGCGAAAAAGGCGACGGACGGCCGUGAUCAAUGGCCGAAUCGGCUUUCCUUCGUGCUGGCCGCCAUGGGCGGCGCCGUUGGUCUCGGAAACAUCCUUCGGUAUCCCUCUGUUGUCUUUGAGAACAACGGCCUGCAGUGGUUCAUUCCCUACCUAAUCUCCCUCAUCUUCCUGGCAAUUCCGCUGCUCAUUCUGGAAAUCUCUAUCGGUCAAGCUGCCCGCGGUGGAGGUGUCAUCGCCUUCAACACGGUCAGCAAGCGCGCAAGAGGAGUCGGUAUCGGCACCAUCUUAACAGGCUACAUGGUUGCGACCUACUACGUUGCCAUUCUCAGCUGGGUCAUGAUUUACUUCCGCCACUCCUUCUACACCCCACAGGCUUGGGCCGGUAGAGGAGAGGAAUUCUAUAUGCAGGAUGUCAUCGCGAAUGUCGAACCCAUCCCCGGCACCUUCAGUGAAGAUGGCAAAUCCGUAGCCACAUAUGCUAGCUACCCAGGCACCGCCCUCGUUGGAGAGACUGUCGGCUGGGCAGCCUUCGUCUGGUUUGUUGUAUUCCUCUGCAUGUUCAAGGGAGUCGGCCUGUCAGGCCGGGUUGUGUAUGUGACUAUGGGUCUGCCGAUUGUCAUGAUUUUUGUCCUCCUUGGCCGUGGCGUGUCGCUUCCCAACGCUGUGGAGGGCGUGAAGAUGUACGUGGGUCACUGGGACAGUUCUAAGCUGGCUUCGGGUCAAAUCUGGCAGGCAGCUGCAGGUCAGAUCUUCUUCUCCACCGGCGUUGGUUUCGGUUACUUCACCGCAUUCGCAUCCUACAACCCAACCUUUGCGAAUGCAGUCCAGGACUCCAUCAUUAUCGCCUGUUGCAACUCUCUCUAUGAGGUUAUCGGCGCAUUCUCCGUCUUUGGCAUCGUCGGGUACCUCGGUCUGAAGCCUGAAGCGGGUGACAAGCUCGGAACAUUUACUGUUGGCUUCCUGACAUACCCACUGGCCAUUACAGAACUGCCUGCGUCUGCCUUCUGGGCGGUUGUGUUUUUCUUCACCAUCAUGCUCGUCGGUCUCAGCUCUGCCUACGCCCUCGUCGAGUCGGUGGUCACGCUCAUCGUUGACACAGACUGGGGCAAAAAGGUCCCACGUACCGUCGUGUGCACGGUCGUUAUUAUAGUAUCGUUCCUUCUAUCACUCAUGUACUGCUCCCAAUUCGGAUAUUAUCUUCUCGAUGCCGUCGACACGUGGCUUAACAACUUCUCUCUCCUCUUCAUGGCGUUUUCUGAGUGCAUUGCUAUCACCACCUUAUACCGCUACAAGGAGGUCGUCGGCCAGGUCGGAGGAAUUCCAUACCUCAUCUACAAUGUUGGCUACGUUUCCGCCAUGAUUCUCGGCAUCGGAGUAGGCCAUGCGACCACGCCUUGGGCCGGUGCUGUUAUGGGCUUUGGCCUCUUUUUCUUCUGCGCAGCCCUUUCUAUCUUACUUGCCAAGAACCCUGACACUCGUGCUCCUCGUUUCUGGGCCAAUAGUCCAAUGUUGGAACGUUUCUGGUGGAUCGCCUUCUACUCGGGCAACCAACUCACCCGCGAUCUCAACGUCGUCGUCGCAACUGGCAAAAACUGGAGAAUCCCCGUCUACUGGGGCCCCGUGGUCAAAUACAUCUCCGCCCCCAUCCUCGCCAUCAUCGUCGGUUUUGCCUAUCCCCUUUUCAACUCGAAGCGCAACGACCCGCUCCAUAUUUUUGCCUUUGCCGCCGCAAACGUUGUCAUGGUUCUCGUCGUCCUUGGUCUGGUCAUCCCACGGUCGCUGAGUCUCCUACUACCCGCCGAGCGCCUUAACAAGGUCGAGCACUACGCUCCUGGCGUGACACUGGCACCUGUUGAGGUCAACACGGGUGCCAUCGAGGAGACCUUCGAGGAAGCCGAGGAGAUGAAGCAGAAGCACUGAGAUCCCGUUUCCCCUCUCCACCCCUCUCUCCUUUCCCUUCAUCCCUCUACGCGCUCUUGUGUGUGUUUUUUCCAUCAUGCAUUCACAGGGCUUAUUUUUUAAUCUAUCUAUUUUCCAUUUGUUAUACACAUUCCCUCUUUUAUGACCCUUCUCAGGCUCCAAAAACCGAAAACAAUAAAUACAAAAAAUACAAUAAAGAAACACUAACUAAAUCAAGAAGAAACUCAAAGCCUCUCGAUCUAACUAGCUAGAGCCCCUCAAAUCUUUGUCAGUUAAAACAAUCGCUCUUCUUGCUUUUCAACAGCAUAUACCAGGCGAGGCUGCUUAUUGGUGCCUGCUCCACUGGGCUGAUCUUAUCCGAGAUUACCCAUAUUUAUCGGAUAGUUAGUUAUACAUACAUUAGGUACAUACACACGUACAUACAAAUACUACAAAUACAUAAUAAUAAUAGGGCAUUCUAGAAGGAAUUUUAGCUUUUUCCCCCAUACUUUCCACCUUCCUGUUUGCCUCUAGCGCUCCUACUAAAACCAAGCAAAAAACGUGUUCAGUGUAAAUUAAGUUUAUAGGCACGUAAUAUCAUUGGCCACUUAAAUUUACAAAAUUAAUUUGAAAAAAAAAAACUAUUUUAGAAUUAAAAAUAAAAAUAAAAUAUACUUUUCCAAGGAAAUACGAGCAU